ACAUCAUAGCUUUUUACUACAUUAAACACUUCUUUAAAAGAGUAACUUAUUAUUCAUUUCCUUCACUGCUUAGUGACACACUAUGCUGGCUGGAGAAUUCUGGGAGUUGAAGUCCACAAGUCUUAAAGCGGCCAAGUUUGAAGACCUCUGCGGUAGGCAGCGUCUGUGGUUGAACUUAAAGGAGUUAAAACCAUCGAGUACUGCAUUGCUAGAAAAGAUGGGAGGAGAGGAGAAGGGCAGAGAAACCUCCUCUUCCGGAUCACUCAUGGGCAGAAGGUGAUCUGUCAAGUGGCUUUUGUUCUUUUCCCAAGAUUAAAACAGCAGCUGGAAGGGUGAAAAUCAGAAGAGACAGAGAAACCUUCACUUGAAGAGGCUCUCUGCUUCUGUUCCAGAGGAAACCCCCAAUUAAAGACACAAGGAAGCAGAAAGAGACAUAUUGCAAUAAGAGCACUCUGGACAACUGAAAAUAACAAGCAACGUUGAAAAGGAAAGAAAAUAAAGCAAGACAUCAAAAUGUUUUCCAUUUCUUUCAGAAACCCACAAAAUUCUCCUUCUCCAGCAGCUGAUAGACAAAAGAGAGAAAAUUAAGAAAGAUGUCAAGCUGGAAUAAGUAGAGCAUACGGAACUCAAGGAUACAUCACAUGAAAAGUCAAGGGAGAAUAUUUUUAUUCAGUAAAAGAGAGAAAUAUCUGGAAGUCCGUGGGGAGGAAAAUGUCAUUUGGAAAACCACAUAGGGCGGACAAUAAUGCAGACCUUGCUCUGAGAGGAAUUAAAUGGCUUGAAUCAAAGCACAGCUAAACAAGGGAUCAUACAUAUUUUUGAAUUCCACAGGAAUAUCAAUAGUGGAAAAGUUCCAUAGAUGUGCCUAUUGUGGGAAAGAUAUAACUUGCAAAACACAGCUGAUUUUACCUGAGAGAAUCCAUUCUGGAGGAAAGCCAUACAGAUACUCUGAAUUUGGCAAAAUCUUUGGGCAGAAUAGCUUACUUGUGCUACAUGGAAGGACCCACACAGGAGAGAAACCAUAAAAGUUCUCCCAAUGUGGUAAAUACUUUAGUGAGAAUGGCAAUGUGGUGAUGCAUCAGAGGACUCACCCCAUAGGAAUGUCUAGAUUGUGUGAAAGUUUAUUGGGAAAUCCCCACCUCAUGAGGCAACAGAGGACUCACACAGGAGAGAAACCUUUUGAAUGUCCUAUCUGUGGGAAAAGUUUCACUAAAAAUUCCCACCUUAUUAGCCACCAGAAGACACACACAGGAGAGAAACCAUUUGAAUGUCCUGAUUGUGGAAAAAGUUUCAGUAGAAAUUCCCACCUCAUGAGACACCAGAGGACUCACACAGGAGAGAAACCCUUUGAAUGUCCUGAUUGUGGGAAAAGUUUCAUUACUAAUUCCCACCUUGUGAGACACCAGAGGACUCACACAGGAGAGAAACCCUUUCAGUGUCCUGAUUGUGAGAAAAGUUUCAGUAAGAAUUCCAGGCUGGUGAAACACCAGAGGACUCACACAGGAGAGAAACCCUUUGAAUGUUCUGAUUGUGGAAAAAGUUUCAGUCAGAGUUCCCACCUCAUUCCACACCAGAGGACUCACACAGGGGAGAAACCCUUUGAAUGUCCUGAUUGUGGAAAAAGUUUCAGUCAGAGUUCCAACCUCGUUCCACACCAGAGGACUCACACAGGGGAGAAACCCUUUGAAUGUCCUGAUUGUGGGAAAAAUUUCAGUCAGAAUUCCAGCCUGAUAAGACACCAGAGGACUCACACGGGAGAGAAACCAUACGAGUGUCCAGACUGUGGGAAAGAUUUCAAUACUAAGUCUAAUCUUAUAAAUCAUCACAAGACCCACACAGGAGAGAAGCCCUAUAAAUGCUCGAAAUGUGGUAAAUGCUUUGGUGAGCAUGGCAAAUUGGUGAUACACCAGAGGACUCACACAGGAGAGAAAACAUUUGAAUGUCCUGAUUGUGGGAAAAGCUUCAAUAGAAAUAGCCACCUUGUGAGACACCAGAGGACUCACACAGGAGAAAAACCAUUUGAAUGUCCUGACUGUGGGAAAAGCUUCAUUAGAAAUUGCCACCUUGUGAGACACCAGAGGACUCACACAGGAGAGAAACCCUUUGAAUGUCCUGAUUGUGGGAAAAGUUUCAGUGAGAAUUCCAACCUGGUGAAACACCAGAGGACUCACACAGGAGAGAAACCCUUUGAAUGUCCAGAUUGUGGGAAAAGUUUCAUUACAAAUUCACACCUCAUGAGACAUCAGAGGAUUCACACAGGAGAGAAACCCUUUGAAUGUCCUGAUUGUGGGAAAAGUUUCAAUUGUAAUUCUCACCUGGUGAUACACCACAGGUCUCACACAGGAGAAAAACCUUUUGAAUGUCCUGAGUGUGGGAAAAGUUUCAAUUGUAAUUCUCACCUGGUGAUACACCAGAGGUCUCACACAGGAGAAAAACCUUUUGAAUGUCCUGAGUGUGGGAAAAGUUUCAGUUGUAAUUCGACCCUGGUAAAACAUCAGAGGACUCACACAGGAGAAAAACCAUUUGAAUGUCCUGUUUGUGGGAAAAGUUUCAGUGAGAAUUCCAGCCUGGUGAACCAUCAGAGGACUCACACAGGAGAGAAACCGUAUCAAUGUCCUGAUUGUGGGAAAUGUUUCAGUCAGAAUUCCAGCCUGGUGACACACCAGAGAACUCACACAGAGUUCAGUACAUUCAAAGAGAAAUGCUUUGAAUGUACUGAUUGUGGGGAAAGUUUCAAUUGUAAUUCUGACCUGGUGAUACACCAGAGGUCUCGCACAGGAGAAAAACCUUUUGAAUGUCCUGAGUGUGGGAAAAGUUUCAGUUGUAAUUCGAGCCUGGUAAAACAUCAGAGGACUCACACAGGAGAAAAACCAUUUGAAUGUCCUGUUUGUGGGAAAAGUUUCAGUGAAAAUUCCAGCCUGGUGAACCACCAGAGGACUCACACAGGAGAGAAACCGUAUCAAUGUCCUGAUUGUGGGAAACAUUUCAGUCAGAAUUCCAGCCUGGUGAAACACCGGAGAACUCACACAGGAGAGAAACCCUUUGAAUGUCCUGAUUGUGGGAAAAGUUUCUGUCAGAAUUCUGUCCUGCUGAAACACCGGAGAACUCACACAGGAGAAAAACCAUUUGAAUGUCCUGUUUGUGGGAAAAGUUUCAGUGAGAAUUCCAGCCUGGUGACACACCAGAGGACUCACACAGGAGAGAAACCGUAUCAGUGUCCUGAUUGUGAGAAACGUUUCAGUCAGAAUUCCAGCCUGGUGAACCACCAGAGGACUCACACAGGAGAGAAACCUUAUCAGUGUCCUAAUUGUGGGAAAGGUUUCAGUCAGAAUUCCAAUCUGAUGAUACACCAAAGGACUCACACUGGGGAAAAACCUUUCAAAUGUCCAGUCUGUGAACAUUACUUCAGACAUAAAUCCUCCCUUAUUGCACACAAGGAAAUCCAUAUGAGGCAAAAGUAGAGAAGUGUAGAGAAGGCUUGAAUUUCAUUUGUGAUUUGUUAGAAAUUGAUUACAAAUAGUCCUCAACCUAUGACCAUAAUUGACCCCAAAAUUUAUGUUACUGAGACAUUUGUAAGUUAGUUUUGCUCCAUGUUACAACCUUUCUUGCAACCGUUAAGUGAACCACAGGAGUUGUUAAGUUAGUGGCACCGUUAUUAAGUGAAUCUGGCUUCCGCACUCACUUUGCUUGCUAAGAAUGUCAUAAAAGGGGAUCAUAUGAUUCAAGGACACUGCAAUGGUGAUAAAUAUGAAUCAGUUGCCAACCAUAUGAAUUUUGAUCUAAUGACCAUAGGGAUGCUGCAAUGGUCGUAAGUGUGAAAAAUUGUCAUAACUCACUUUUUUCAGGAAUGGUGUAACUUUGAACAGUCACCAAAUGAACUGUUGUAAGUUGAAGACUACCUGUAUUUGAAUUGUGGCCUGAUUCUCUUUACUCAAAUAAGUCUCAGGAUUAGACUUGUAGGUGGAGAGAAAAGGAAAGUGGAAAAAGGCUAACUACCUAUUUCUGGUGACCUCAAGAUACAACUAUUAUUGGUUGCAUGUUAUAACGGCCGUUAAGUGAAACUGCUUUCCUUAACUACAUGCAUCCUCCUGCUCUCCCUGAUGCAGCCAUUAAUUGAAUGUGCAAGUCGCUAAGUGGAACACUGGGUACCUCAGGGCUGGGGAAAACUCUUGGAGGCCUAGAGCAGGGCCUGGCUUGCCUGCCACAGGCAUCCCUCAGCCUUCCUCCAAGACACCCUGUGCUCUGUUUCUCAACCCUUGUGUCCCCUCGGCCCUUCACUCCUCCACAUGGUCCCCCCAGUCCUGUUGCUUCCCCCGCCCCAAGGUCCCCACAAGGUUUUUUUUCCCACUCCUACUGGGUCUCUGCAAUCCUUACGCCUGACUCCCAUCCCACCAGGUCUCACACCCUCCACCUCCUUACCUUUUGAAGAUCUCUGAUCCUCAUGUUGUGGAAGGAGUGGGGGACACGAUCCUUGGAUCUCAUGACUGUGUCCUGGAAGCAGCCACUCUUCAGUAGGCCCUGGAUUUGUUCCUGGGCCAUGCAGUGGACUUGUGGAAGUGGCUGCUAUUUUGCCACACGUCACGCAGAAGAGUAACAAAUCUCUCUGUUUUGCUACCUUAACAUGAGGGGGGGGGAAUGUACAGUAUUGAAAAUGUUUCUUUUUAAAAUGCAUUAUAUUACAAUUAUUAGUAGCUUUUGGCAUGUAAAAAAUGGGUAUUGUCAGUGUUGCUAUGAUCAUUAGGGCAAGGCAAGACACUCAGAGUUGCCUCAAACUGUGAGAUGAGUAGCGAUUAAAUUUAAUAAUAACUGCAUUUAAUUAUGAAAAGGUAAUGUAAAGCUCAUUUCCCAACUCUUGCUCAGUGAUGUGGACUCCACACAUACAGUGGUUUUCUAACGCACUACAAUUGUUAACUUGUAAUCUCUCUGUGCAUUCCACAUCUCUAUGACCAAUCUGUCUUCCUCAGCUUCCCUUCCCUCCUCAUUAUAAAUUUAGAAUUUCAGUUUCAGUCAUAUAUCAGCCCAUGCACUCUGUGACUGAUGAUAUGAACUGCAGUUAGGUUUCUGCCUCUAAAUUUAUUUGUUGCAUUGCUAUCUGCUCCAGUCCUAAAUUCUGUGAAAGAAUGGCAUCUCAUUAGGCACAGUUGAAUUAGAAUGGCUAAACUGGAUCUGUUUUUAUUGGCAUUCUUCUCAGAUUCAAGGAUGGUCUUCUCCAUCACUGCAUACUGCAGUGCACACAUCAUAAAAUCUUCCCCACAUCAUGAAAUACAUCGAUUCCUCUCUUUUAUUCUUUGUUUGGUCUUUCUCUUGUAUCUAUCGUUAUAAUUCACUAUUAACCUGCAUUAGUGGUUUAUGUUCCUAUUUCUAUAUUAGGUCACUCCAAUUACUUCCUAGUCUUUUUUCCCUUUUCUAUCUUCCAACCAAGUGUACCACUUUUCCCAUAUUAGAUAGUAAUCGUGUUCCUCUUUAUCUUAUAAUUCCUUUGUGAGUCUGUCCAUUUCUGCACAUUCCAUGAUUUUACUAAUUACUCUAUCUUCUGUUGGUAUGUCACUACUCUUCCAGUUUUGUGCAAAAAUUAUUCGUGCUGCUGUUGUUAUAUGAAUGAUUAAAUAUUUUAUUUCCUUUUCGUAUUGUCCAUUUAUUAUGCCUAGUAGAAAGGUUUCUGGCCUCAUUUCUAUUCUUUGUUGUGCAAUUUCUUCUAUUUGUGUUCUGAUCUUUUGCCAGUACUGUUUGGCCUUUGGGCAGGUCCACCACAUGUGAUAAUAGGUUCCUUUAUGAAGUUUGCAUUUCCAGCAUGUUGAAGAAGUAUUGGGGAACAUUCUUGCCAGUCUGGCCGGUGGGAGGUGCCACCUAUAAAACAUUUUGUACAGAUUUUCUUUAUAGGGUACAGACAUUGUUAAUUUAUAAUUUAUUGUCCAUAAUUUUUCCCAAUUGUCUAAUUCAAUAUUAUAGCCAAAAUUCUUUGCCCAAAUUAUCAUGUUUUCUUUAAUCACCUCUUCUUCUAAUUUAUAUCCUCGUAAAUAAUUAUAAACUUUUUUUUAUCAAUUUGUCCUGUGAUCCUUGUAAAAUUUUAUCUAAUUCGUAUUGGCCUUUUUGGAAUCCAAAUUGAGCCGAAUCUUUCUUAUACUUUGAUUUUAUUUGUAGGUAUGGCCACCAGUCAAUGUCUGUACCCAUCUCCUUCAAUUCUUGUUUUGUUCUUAGUUCCCCUUGGUUAUUUAGCAAAUCUUUAUAGGUUCUCAUUUUGGUGAUAUUCAUGGCGUUUGGGUAGAUCUGGGCUUCCAUGGUCAAUAACCAUUAUGGAAUUUUAUUGUAGUGUGCUUUUUUAAUGCCCUGCCAUGUCUGGUAUAAUGCUUGUCUGACAAUAUGUCUCUGAAAAUAUCCAUGUUGUUUAUCGGUGCCCUCCCAUAGAAAUGCGUGCCAUCCUCGUUGUAGAUCGAAUCCUUCCAAAUUCAAUAAUCCUUUAUUUUUGAGUUCCAUCCAUUCCUUGAUCCAAAUUAGUGCUGAUGCUUUUUAAUAUGUUUCCCAUCCGGUAGUGCCAGUCCUCCUCUUUCUCUUGUAUCUUGUAGGUAUUUUAUUUUAAUUCUUGCUUUCUUCCCUUGCCAGAUGUAGUCUGCUAUUAAUUUAUUGAAAUCCUUAAAGAAAUUCUUCCCCGGUUUUAUUGGGAUCACUUGGAAUAAGUAUAAAAUUCUAGGUAGGACAUUCAUUUUAAUUGAAGCGAUCUUUCCCAAAAGAGAUAAUUGUAGUUUUUUCCAAAUUUCUAAGUCUUUUUUAAUUUGUCUUGUCAAUUUAUCAUAAUUGUCUUCUCUAAUUGAUGAGGUUUUGUUGGUGAGCCAUAUUCCUAGAUAUUUUACCUUCUUUGUCGUUUGUAUGCCUAAUUCGUCUUCUAAUUCCUUUUCUUGUUGAUUAGUGAGAUUUUUUGUUAGUACCUUGGUUUUUUGUUUAUUGAUUUUGAGUCCGGCUACUCUCCCAUAUUUUUCUAUUUUAUCUAAUAAUUUGGUGCCGGUUGUUAUCGGUUGUUCUAUAAUAAAUACAAUGUCAUCGGCAAAAGCUUGAAGUUUGUAUUCCUCCUUUUUAAUUUUCAGACCUUUUAUUUCCUUAUCUCUUCUAAUUUCCUUUAAGAGAGUUUCUAAAGCUAAUAUGAAUAACAGAGGAGACAGAGAGCACCCCUGUCUCACUCCUUUUGAUAUUGGAAAUUGUUCUGUCAAGUCGCCAUUUAUUGUUAUUUUUGAAGUUUGGGAGGAGUAAAUUUUCUUUAUCAUAUUUGUAAAUUUAUCACCGAAUUUCAUAGCUUCCAGUUGUAAUGUAAGAAAUUUCCAGUUUAGGUUGUCGAAUGCAUUCUGUGUGUCUAAAAAAAUUAAGGCCGCUUGUUUGUCUGAAUUUGCUUCAUAAUAUUCUAAUACGUCCAUUAUUAAUCUCAUAUUGUUUUUUAUCUGUCUCUUUGGGAUAAAACCGUUUUAAUCUGUCCUUAGGAAUUAGGAAUUAGGAAUUAUAGCUUCCAGAAGUGCAUCAUUAAGUACUCCGAGUAAAAGUUUUAUAAAACUCUGCAGGUAUACCGUCCGUUUAUUUUCUGUUUUUUCCUCACCUCUAUUAAUUCUGUCAUCGUGAUUGGCCUGUCCAAUAGGUCCCUGUGUGAUUCUUCUAAUUCUUUAAUGUCGGCUUCGUUUAGGUAUUGUUUGAUGUUCUUUUCUGAAGACUCAUCCUGUUCACAUAAUUUUUGGAAAAAUGUUCUUGCUAUGUUCUUUUUGUCCUUGUUCCUGUAAUGUAUGUCUCCUGUGUCGUCCUGUAAUUGAUAUAGUAUCCUUCUCUCUUUUUCUUUCUUCAAUUUGUACGCCAACCAUCGUCCUGUCUUAUUCGCGUGUUCAAAAUGAUUUUGUUUUACUAAUUUAAUUUUCCUGGCUAUUUCUGUUUGUGUGAUCAAAUUUAUAUUGUGUUUUGUCAAAUUUAUUUUUUCUUUGAUCCUUUUGUUUUGGGGUUCAUUCUGUAGCUCGGAUUCAUACUUUUGAGUUCCUUCAACAAAUUGUCUUUCUUCUGUUGUUUUUCUUUGUUUUUCUUUGCCAAAUAUGCUAUUGUCAAGCCUCUUAUAUAGGCUUUCGCCGUGUCCCAUAAGUUUUGGAGGGAGGUUUGCUCUUUGAUGUUGAUCUCAAAAAAUAUUUUCAUUUCUUUUUCUAUCAUUUGUACAUAGUCUUUGUCUUUUAAAAUUUUGGUGUUCAUCAUCCAUCUCUUCUUCUUCCGAUAGCCUUUCCAAGUUAUUUUUACAGGACUAUGGUCUGCCCAUAUUUUGUCAUUAUUUCUAUUUCUUCUAAGUCUUUCCUAAGAUCUGUUGUCAUCCAGGCCAUAUCUAUUCUAGACCAGGAUAGAUGUGGAUUGGAAUAGAACGUAUACUGUUUUUUUUCUUUAUUUAUCUCCCUCCAAGCGUCCUGAAGGCAUAGUUCUUGCGCCAUUUCCUUAAAAGUGUCUGGGAGGGUCUUUUUCCUAGUUUUAUUUUUUCUGGUACUCCAAUAGUCUUUUUCUGUGUCCGAAAUUGCAUUGAAGUCGCCUACAAUGCAAAAAUUUUCAUAAUCCAAGUCUUUUACUUUGUUGUGUAUAUUUUUGAGGAAGGCACGUUGGUUCUCAUUUGGUGCAUAAAUCGAAAUCAAUAAUAUUGUUUUUAAUUCUGUUUGUAUUUUGAUCAUUAGAACUCUUCCCUCAUGAUCUGCAUAUACUGUUUUGUUUUUAAGUGUUUCCUAAUGUAAACUGCAAUGCCUCUUUUUUUUUGUUUUGCUAGUGAAGUCUAAAGGUUUCCUAGUCUUGUAUUUUCUAAUAUCUUUUGGUGUUGUUUUUUGAUGUGGACUUCCUGUAGGUUUAUAAUAUCUAUCUCCAAUUUUUGUAAUUUAGUGAAUGUCUGGGUUCUUUUAAUUGGGGCAUUUAAUCCAUUUAUAUUAAUCAAAAUCAUUUUUAUUUCCUGUUCCAUUUUUCUUCCUAUCUAUUUGUUGUCUUUAGUUUCCUUGUGUUUCUUGUUAUUCUUUGCGUUUUUCUCCUUGCUCCUUCUCUCUCCAUUCUUUCUCUUUCCAAUCUUCUCUUCUCCUCUUGUUCAUCUUCUGUUUCUUCUAUGGGUUAUUCCUCUUGGCUCUUAUUUUCCGAUUCCUCUCUGGAUUCUUGGUCUUCCUCAAGGACGAAAUGUUGGUCGAAAAACUCCUGAGCUCCUUCCAGACUUAUCUAUCUUAAAUUUCUUAUCCUGCCACGAGAUUAAGAUGCCCUCUGGUAGUAGUCAAUGGAACAUCACUUUGUGUUUAUUUAAUUGUGUUGUGAGGAAGUUAUAGUUUUUCCUCUGGUCCCUUAUGUGUCUUGGAAUUUGUUUCAGUGUUAUUAUUUCCUUCCCUUUAUAAAAAAUUGCCUCCUCUCUCAUUUUUCUAUAUAUUUCCUCUUUUAUCGUUUUCUUUGUGAAUCAGACGUGCACGUCCUUUGGCAGUUUGUUCCUACGUGCAUAAUUGGUGUGCACCCUGUAAACUUCAUCAAUAUCCCUUCGUAUAUCAUCUUUAUGUCUCUGUAUUGUUUCAGCGAAAAUCUCCGUCAUUAUCUCUCCCAGGUCUUCCUGUUUGGUUUCUGCUAUGUUCUGGAUCCUUAAGUAAAAUGAUGCCUUCUCCAUUUCCAAGUAAGUAAGUGAGUCUUCGAGCUGCCGAUUACUUGCCAUCUGUUGUUGUUCCAGCAUUUCUACUUUCUUGACCAUCUGUUCCUUUUUGAGUUUUGUCUUUUUUUUAAAAAAAAAAAAUGAUUUAUAUGCCGCCCUUCUCCGGAGACUCAGGGCGGCUUACAAUGCGUUAAGCAAUAGCCUUCAUACUUUUGUAUAUUUAUACAAAGUCAGCUUAUUGCCCCCACAAACUGGGUCCUCAUUUAACCUACCUUAGAAAGGAUGGAAGGCUGAGUCAACCUUGAGCCUGGUGAGAUUCGAACUUACACUAAUUGCCGACAGCUGGUGUUAAUCACAAUGCUUUUAGUCUGCUGAGCUACCAGGCUAUCAGGCUUUUGAAUCCUUUGUUCAUUCUUGGCAAUGUUCUGUUGGAUCCUUUCUAUCUUGUCAUCCAUUUUCUUUAUGUUAUCAUUUAUCUCUCCCACAUCGGAUUUCAAAUCGUCGUGAUUUCUUUUUGUCUCCUCAUGAUUAUUAGCAAUCAAUUCCUGGGUCUUAGUCAUCGCUUCCUGUAUCAUUGCCAAGACUGACUGAAUAUUUUGUAUGCUGGAAAUGGAACCCAUCUUUUCUUUUUCUGUUCCAAGCAUAGUAUCUAUAGAUCUCUGUUGAGCAGGAGAUGCUGUAAGGGAGGCUUGAUUUGAAGUUAUUUUCUUAUUUGCUUUAGUUAUAGUGGUUGUUCUGGUACUUGUCAUCUUAACUCUUUUUUGUAGGUUCUCCCAAAAUUUCAUGCACUGAACUACUCUUAUUAUGUUUCAAUUUCGUUAUCUAUAGUAGUAUUUUUGUCAGUGUUUUUGUCAGUGAUAGUGUCUAGAGUCUAUGUUGUAUAGAUCUUCAAAUAAUAAUUAAUCUUGUUAAGUUAUAAAUUGCUUCUAUAGAUGUCCUUAACACUCAAAAUUAAAUCCAGCAAGAAGGUACUUCUGCAUUAAAAAAAGAAAAGAAAGAAAAAGAAAAGUAAAUAGAAAAAUGGAAAAAGAACAACCAGGAGAACAGAAAAAGAAAAAAUAAUGUUCCAAAAUAUCACUCUUCCAAAAUCUUCCAAAGUCUAUAGAUCUAUCAAGUGAAGGUGUAAAAUGAGAAUACAAAAAAAAAAAAAAAAAAACUAGACAAAACAAAAGAGAAACAACUUUCAAUCUUUUUUUCCUUUCUAUGUCUUCCCCGUUCUGUUACAAAGUCACAAGACUACUUCUUAUCAAAGUUUUCUUGCCAGUUUCCAAAACACUGUCCAAGGUUGUUUCACUCUGAUCUAUUCCUUUAUUCUCUUAAAUUUCUUCUGUCACCACUAGAUGGCAACAUACUCACUUGAAAUAGUCUUAAAAUAUCAAUUUACUUUUUUUCUUCAGCUUUAAACUCCCAGCUACAACGAAUUUAAGUUUUCAAAAUACAGUUCAUUUGCCAAAGGAGCUUCUUUUCCCAAUAUGCUUCCAAUUUUAUUAAAGUUUUAAAUUGUUUUUUC